CGAGACUGGAGACUGCGGUCGCCACGCCCGCCGCACUUGAGCCAGCUAAUCAUGAAGAGCAGCCUGAAGAGCAGCCUCGUAUCACGGUCUGCGCUGCUUCGCUCGCUCGCGCUCGGCACGGUCUUCACGGCCACGCGUCGGCCUGCGAUCGCCGCCUACACCAUCGUCCCGACCGGCUCGGUCCGCGACAAAACCGCCCGGCUCGCCGAGGUCGAGAAGCUCUACGCCAAGACGCCCGACGACCCUUACGCGUUUGGCGAGAAGGCGCAGCUGGAGUACGACAUCCGGCAGCUGGAGCAGAACACCAAGUUCGUCGCCUCUACCCGCGAGCAGGUGCGCGCCGGCUCGACCCGCUUCCUCCAGCGGCUGCGCGUCCCGGUCGACGACAUGCGCGAGGCGGUGCAGUUCUGGAGGGAGGGGUGCGGCGCGCUGGUGCUGAGCACGCGCAUCGUGGAUGGGGCGAACGUGACGGUGGUCGGCUUCGGCCCCGAGUCGCUGCGGCGCGACGACGGCGCCAAGUUCGCGCUCGAGCUCGUCGAGUCCUCCGAGCCGGCGCCGAUGGGAGGCGAGCACGCGCUGCAGUACGUGCAGCUGGCGAUGCCCGUCUUCCGGCUGUCGCGCGUGAUGGCGGCGGGCGGGAAGAUCGAAUCGGCGUACGGCUGGACGCAGCUCACCGCGCCGGGCGGGCUCCCCCUCCGCGUGCGGAUCGACGAGUCGCGACGCGACCCGUUUGAGUUUGUCGCGGAGGGCGACGCGUUCGAGCCGGAGCGCGAGAUCGGCUCCGUCUACGUUGGCUACGGCGACCCGCAGAGCAACACGGGCCUGCUGCUGCUGCCGCCCCUGCCGGGCAAGCGGCCAAAGCCGUCGCUCGGGGCGCAGGGCCAGCCCGAGCCGACGCUGCGCGCGGUCGGCGCGCCGCCCGCCUCCGCCUCCGCCACGGAGCGGAGCCCGGACGGGCUGCCGGUCCGCUUCGAGGACGAGGACGCGUACGAGGGGUCGCUGAAGGCGGAGCGGGCCGCCGCCUAGAGACGGAGGAGUCGCCACUCGCCAGCGAGCGGGUGGGAGUGGAGGAGGUUUGUUUGGGGUGGUGGGAGUGGGUUAGCGCGGAAUGGCCCAGGUAGCGAGGUAGGCAGGGACCAGGGAGGCCGCUCCCAACCUUUCACACGGCUUCAAACGUCGCCCUUCAACAAACGGCUUUACAAG